AGACAAUCCAUAUCAUUUCAUUCCUUCCACCUCCUUCUGGCUGUCAAUCCUUGCUGUUGUUACUGCCUUUCUCUCCCUUCGUUCUCAACCUGCGACUGCUCCCUCACCCUCACCGCCGCCGUAUUGUUAUUGACCUGAUCCACUCUAGAUCGCGACUUCAAGACGAUUGCGGCGCACUCCAAUGCCCAUGUCUUCCAUGAAAGCAUUCCAUACGGUCCUCGAGAUACGCGCCGAGGCUCCCAGCACGAACACUAGUAAUGAUCAAAACAUUGGUUCUGCGAGAGAAGGCUCUCCCUCCCUCUCGGGUCUGAUUUCGACCCUGGUCCCUACAUUGAUCAUCGCGGGAAUAUACUUCGCCCUCUUCAUCCUGCUACGGUCCCGAUUUCCCAGACAAUAUGCCCCGCGAACAUACUUGGGUGCUUUGCGCCCGCAAGAACGUACUCCUGCGCCGCCCAAUACCCUGUUUGGUUGGAUACCGUUCAUGAAAAAGCUCCCAGACGAGUACGUUCUGCAACACAAUUCUCUGGAUGGCUAUUUUCUGCUGCGAUACCUCAAGAUGUCCAUCCUUAUUUGCUUUGUCGGUUGCUGCCUCACAUGGCCGAUUUUAUUCCCGAUCAAUGCGACAGGUGGCGGAGGACAGAAACAGUUGAACCUCCUCAGCUUCAGUAACGUCCAGGACAAGAACCGAUACUAUGCCCACGUCUUUGUGUCAUGGGUCUUCAUUGGAUUCAUCUUUUUUCUAGUCACUCGUGAAAUGGUAUACUACAUCAAUCUGCGACAGGCAUACCUCCUAUCUCCGCUUUAUGCUUCGAGAAUCUCUUCUCGGACGGUUCUCUUCCAGUCGGUCCCGACCGAGUAUGCGGACGAAGCCAAGAUCCGGCGCAUGUUUGAUGACGAGCUCAAGAAUGUCUGGAUCGCUUCAGAUGCAAAAAAGUUGGAAGAAAUGGUCUCGGAGCGCUACAAACUAUGUAUCAAGCUUGAGACUGCCGAAACCAAGCUGAUCAAGCUCGCUAAUGAUGCAUACCUGAAGACUAUGAAAGGAAAGUCGACAGAUACCGAGCGACCUGCUUACAACCAUGAGGACUAUGGCGAAGAGUCAGGCGCAGCGGCAGGCCGUUGGGUCAGGCCCAAAGACCGUCCUACUCACCGUUUGAAGCCGUUGAUCGGGCAAAAGGUCGAUACAAUCAACUGGUGCCGGGAGGAAAUCGGAAGAUUGAAUCCAUUGAUUGAAGCCGAGCAGACCAAAUAUCGAUCCGGCGAAUCGGAGCCCAGGAAUGCUGUCUUCGUCGAGUUCUGGACGCAGACCCAAGCACAGAGUGCCUUUCAAAUGGUAACACACCAUCAAGCGCUGCAUAUGUCUCCCCGUGUCGUAGGUCUGAGUCCGGAGGAGAUUGUCUGGUCGAACCUGGGUAUCACGUGGAAGACGCGGACGAUCCGCAAUAUCAUCUCCCUGGCUUUCGUUACUGCUCUGAUCAUUUUCUGGUCAAUCCCGGUCGCUGUUGUGGGCUCCAUAUCGCAGAUCUCAUACUUGACCCAAGUCGCUCCCUUUUUGGAUUUCAUCAACAACUGUCCAAAAGUCAUUCUGGGAGUCAUCACCAAUUUAUUGCCGACCAUUAUGCUGUCAAUCCUAAUCUCACUCGUGCCUGUCAUCCUGAGGUUCAUGGGGAAAGUGGCUGGAAAGCCUACCUUGUCACUCAUCGAACUCCGCUGCCACGAAUCAUUCUUUUGGUUCCAGAUUGUGCAGGUCUUCUUAGUGACGACAAUGACGUCUGCUGCUAGUGCUGCAGUACCACAAGUCAUCAAAAAUCCAGGUUCCUUGACCGCCAUUCUGGCAAAGAACCUCCCGCUUGCUUCAAACUUUUAUAUCUCAUACUUUAUCCUCCAGGGCUUGGUCUUCUCUUCGGGUCAACUGCUGCAGAUCGUAGGGUUGAUACUUUUCAACGUCAUGUCCAGAGUGCUUGACAAAACUCCAAGGAAGAUGUACAACCGAUGGUCCAGCCUGUCUUCUGUCGGAUGGGGGAGUGUCUUCCCAAUUAUCGAGAUGAUGACAGUGAUUUCCAUCACAUACUCUCCAAUUGCUCCUCUGAUGAUGGGUUUUGCCACAAUCGGCCUUGGAUUGUUCUAUUUCGCCUACCGAUACAAUCUCCUUUUUGUCGACAGUUCCGUGAUCGACACGAAGGGCCUAGUCUACUCCAAGGCACUGCAACAUACUCUGGUCGGCUGUUACCUGGCCGUGAUCUGCAUGAUCGGGCUACUAGGCAUACGAGCUGCCCCUGGACCUUUGGUGUUGAUGAUUAUUUUCUUGGUUUUCAUGGUUUUGUACCAUAUUUCUCUGACGACUGCUGUCCAACCCUUGUUGCACUAUCUCCCACGGUCAUUAGAGUCUGAGGAGGCUGCACUACUUCAAGAUGACUCUUUGGGCAUGUCUUCGCCUGACCCUCGAGGGAAGAGCAGUUUGCACGAGAAGAAUCCCGUCGACGAAUUACGACAUACCCAAAAUAGCAUUCGCCCGGACGGCAACAAGCCGGUCUCGAUGCUCAAGAGGUUCUUGAGGCCUGACAUCUAUGCCAGCUACGCCGUACUACGGAAAUUGGUACCGCAAGGUUUCGCAGAGAUCAGGUACUCGCCUGAAGUCGAAAGAGAUGCAUACCAAGAUCCAGCCUGCAAUGCCAUUGCACCGCUACUUUGGGUUCCGCAUGACGAAAUGGGUGUGUCGAGGCAGGAGUGUCUGCAUACAAAUAAAGUGGUUCCGAUGACUGAUGAGGGAGCAUAUUUUAAUGAGAAAGGGAAAAUAGUCUGGGACCAGGAAGAGACAGGUGGACGACCACCCAUUUUCGAGGAGAAGAUUUACUAUUAAUGUACCAGUCCUGCGCCCACGCGAGGCUUGCUGAAUGGUGGCCUGAAGUAUUAGGCCAACGUGAUGCUGAGAACUGCUCGCUACUUUGAUAUGGCAUUGAAGAAGAGGCAAGAAUGGAGGGCAAGGGAUUGAAGUGCAAAGCGCUGUUUUGAUCUUAAUGAGUACGAAGAUACCCCCUCGGCCGGCAAUUGGUAUUGGUAUUAGUAUUGUCAUAAUGCUUAAUAGUACAUGUCUUCAGUA